AUGUCCAUGAUGAGCGACAAACCCAAGCCAGCCGAGCUGCUGAGUGCGGCAGCAGUUGAAUCGCAAACAAUCAAACCAACAGAAGCAGGAAACGAACCACCAGCCUACACUGACAAUCCCUACCUCACCAAUGGAAGUACUACCACUCAAGCUCCCGCAGGGGAGAUCGACUUCCCCGUUCUAGAUCCCGGGACUGCCCGUCUCAGAAUCGAAAACCAGAACCUCUACGCCAUGGAUCUUGAGCACCAAAACCUCCACGCCCUUCUCGACCGCUUCGUCGUAGACCCAGGCUUCUCCCCCGACGCCCCCCUCCCGGCUUACACCCCGCUCGACUCUGCCUUCAUCCCCUCCUUGCUUACCCACCUCCCCUCCCUCUCCACCCUCCUCUCCCUCCCCCUGACAACCUACCCCUCCUCCCCCCCCUACCCCCACUACUCCUCCCGCGACCGGCGCACCAUCCACCCCUCCCGCACCAGCUCCCCCUUGGCCGCCUUGGAAGACGAGGACCUCAGGCGCCGAUACCACGCCCUCCAACAGCAAAUCAUCUCCACCUUCUUCCACGCCGUCGCCCACGGCAAAAACACCGAGCUCGUCACCCAGUUUGUCAAGUCCGGUUUCGUCUCCCCCGACUGCCCCGACGCACUGGGCGCAACCCCCCUCAUGGCGGCCGUCGAGGCCGGAAACGGGCAGAUGGUCUGUCACUUGAUCUCCCUCGGUGCGCAGGUCGACGGGUACGGGAAACUACCCUCCGGCAGCCUCCGCCGCCAGAGGGGAAAGCAUGCGGACUUGCCGCUCGAGCGGACACCGCUCAUGGUUGCCGCGAAGAAUGGGAACCUGGCGUUGGUGAAGCUGUUGGUGGAGGAUUUUGGGGCGGACGACGGGAUGAUUGCUCCGGACGGGCAGCUAGCCCUGCGGCUGGCGGCGGAGGGGGGCCAUAGGGAGGUGGUCGAGUACCUGCCGACGAGAAGGGGGGGCGCGUGGAGGAGGUGGAAGACGCAUCACGGUGUUGCUGUGGAGAGAGUCAGAAGAGCAGGGAGGAAGAUCGUGAGGUUUGUGUGGUUUUUUGUGUGGGAUCUGCCGAGGUUUCUGGCUUGGAGUGUGCCGAAGCAUACGAUCAUCAGACCGGCGGUGAAGACGGUGAAGUAUUGCUGGGAGAAUAAGGGGCGGUUCGGGGGGUGGGCGAAGAGGCAGGUGAAGGAGUUUCCCGGGAGAGUGAAGAGGGCGGGCCAGGGGGUUUGGGAGGGGGUGAAGAAGUUGCCGAGGGGGGUUUGGGAGGUGAUGAAGGAAAUUCCGGGAGUGAUGAAGAGUUUGGGGAAGUUUAUCUGGAAGAUUUUCAAAAAGAUUCCGGAGGUGAUGAAGAAUCUGCGUAUCUGGAUAUGGACGACGAUGAAGAGGAUGGGGGUGGCGGUGGGGAAUGUGUUUUUGAGGGUGGUGUCGGUUCUUCAUACGGCUGUGGCAGCUGUGCUGGGUUAUUUCAGGAGUAUUUCUUUGAAGGAUGUAUGGAAUGGGAUCAAGGCUGUCUUUCGGGCUGUUUUUGUCGGAUUGCCAGAGGCAAUUUGUAAGGCAGUCGUUGGCUUGGGCAAGUGUGUGGGCAUAAGUAUUGUCGCCUUGUUUGGGCUCACAGGGCAGGUGCUGGUUUUCCUGUUUGAAGCCCUCUGUUGGGUGGCCGCAUACAUCCCGAAGCAGCUUGGAAAGAUCGUCAGCGCGAUAUGGGCGUCGAUCUCUAAGGGAUAUUAUGAGAUCAUGGUGUGGAUCAACCCGAAGCAUUGA